CGCAGAUUGCCCCUAGUGGAACAUCCUGGACUUCGACAUCCUGGCUUUUCGAAAGAAACCCGUACGAAAACAAACCAACGAGGUUGAUUUUGAAAGCUAGAAGUUUCACGUGUUAGACAGCAAAGUACAAGAGAGGUGAUGGAGACUGAUUCAAAUACAGUCACACAAGUUGGGGAAAUCGGUGAAGAAAGUACACACGAGGAACAUUUGGAACAAGUUCCAUAUGAAAUUGUUGAAGAAAAUAAUGAAGUAGAACAAGAGCUUGAUCAAGAGAGUGUUGUUGUCGAAGGGGACAGUGUUGAACAUGGCAAUGAAGAGAUGAAUAAUAAAGAGAUCACUGUUGCUGUUGUCAAUGAUAAUAUUCCAGAAAGUGAGGACCAUAAUGCACUUAUCAACACAGAAACAUAUGAGGCUAGUGGAUCAGAGGUUACAGGAAAAGAAACUGUUCGUCCUACUGUGUUGAUUCUGUCUCCUGAUGGUAAAGUCACUGUCACUGCUGUAGAAGACACAAAUGGAGGGGAAGUUGGUGAACCAUCAGCUAAAAGAUACAAACUGGAGCAGGAUGGCAACACAUACGUCUUUUCAGUACCUGAUGGCACUACUGAAGAAGCCUUGAAGGAGCAUCUGUCUAUUGGACAACAUAACACAGUAACUAACACCAACACCAAUAUCUGUGUCAACAGGACAUCACAAGCCAUUGGAGAGAAAACUGAUAUCACACAGGCGUGGUUUACCACCAGGGAUGAUAAAAAUGUACUCCAUAAAAAAGGGCAUGACUGGAAGCAGGGACAGUGGUCAAAAGAAGAGAUUGAGAUUUUGAAGUGUAAUAUAUCACAAUAUUGUGAGGCCAGAGGUAUUACAGACCCCACUGAGAUCAUAUUUGAGAUGUCAAAAGAUGAGCGAAAAGAUUUCUAUCGCACAGUAUCAAGAAACCUACAGCGCCCUCUGUUCUCUGUGUACAGGAGAGUCAUCAGAAUGUAUGAUCAGAAGAACCAUAUGGGGAAGUAUACCCCUCAGGAACUCCAAAAACUUAAGGAGUUGAGACAAAAACUUGGCAAUGACUGGGCCAGUAUAGGGGCAGAGCUUGGCAGGAGUGCUGCCUCUGUCAAAGAUAGAUGUCGCCUUAUGAAAGAUACAUGUAACUCUGGGAAGUGGCUUCCAGAAGAGGAGAAUCGGCUUACACUUGCAGUACAAGAGUUGACUGGCUUAGAACCAGGUGUAAAUGUGACCAGUGGUCUAUCAUGGGCAAGUGUUGCGGAGAGAGUGGGAACUAGAUCAGAGAAACAGUGCCGCACAAAGUGGUUGAACUAUCUUAACUGGAGACAGAAUGGGGGAACAGAAUGGACAAGGGAUGAUGAUAUACAGUUAAUUACAAGGUUAGCUGACACUGGGGCUGCUGAUGAGAAUGAGGUGGACUGGACAGCAUUAGCUAAGGACUGGCCUAGUGCCAGGUCUCCACAGUGGCUGAGGGGAAAGUGGUGGACACUUAAGAGACAUGUCUUAGAUAAAGAUCUCAUAUCAUUUCAAGACCUUGUGGCAUAUUUGCGGGACACAAAUGCGCAAACUAUACGAAUGCGACCACCUCCCAAUAUCCUACUUGCAAGAAUGGAAACACCUCGAGUCAGUGUCAUGCAGAAUAUGUCAUUCACAGUGCCCUCUUCGUAUGCAACCUCUGCUAUUGGUCACAGUGUCGUCAAUGUAGAUGGCUCCACUAAUCUGGUAUCUACCUCCGUAGAAGACAACCCUGGGGGUUUCCAUGCCUAUGAGGUACUUUCCCAAUUGCCAGGAACAACUAGCGGAGCUUAUCUGAUAGCUCAACAGACCAACUCUAGUCAGGCGAUACAGCUCAGUAGUAGCACAGUGGGGUCAGACCAUAUCAUUGUGCACACAUUGCCCAUAACAUCUGAACAGGAUGCUGGCAUGCAGAGCAGUGAGAAUGUGACUGUUGAGAUAAACCAGACUGGCCAAGUACCUGUCAUUCUAACAGAGGAACAAGACAACACUGCCACAGCACAGCAUCUAGCCAAUCAGGAGAUUGCCAAUUUAGAGGCAGGAGAGGAAGACGAAGCAACGCCUGAAGAUGAGACAGAUGGGAGAAACCAAUCAAGGGUGUCAUUUACAGAAGCUAAUGGAGACCAGGCAGCACUAGUUGAGGGUACUGUUAGUGAGGAGCUUGUACACACAUCAGCCAGGUACAGAAGAUCCACCAGCAGUGAUGGAGAUUUGCUGCAUAAAAUGGCAACUCUCAAAGAUCCAAUGUUACCCUCAGAGAGCGAGCUGAUUGGCCAGUCAUCAGAUGUGGAGGUCGAAAAAUCCCAGCAGCAAGAGACCCAAGAAUAAAAUAUCAUAAGUGACAUGAAACCAACAUAAGUGACAUCUUUGAAUCAAAUGAUGUUAAUUAUAGUUCAGUUAUAUACUUGCAGUGUGGAAAUCCCAGAAUCUAACACAUGGUUUAUUGACUAGUGCUGAGAUCCUCUCUCCAGACACCUGUAUCAUGAUAAAUACCUUUAGACAGUUUAACAAUAGGUGUAUAUUGUAUUGUAUUGUAUUUUGUUAACCACUAAUGCUGGUGAGCAAUACCUCUAGGGUAUAUCCUGUAUAAACAUGUACGGUUGUAAUUGUAAAUGAAUGCAAUCAUGAAAAGCAGACCCAGGAACUCCUCCUUGAAGAGCCCUGUGUUCUUUUAUGUGCACUCAUACAUACAUGUAGUCAUACAAGUAUACACCACAG